AUGGUAUUCCUCUCUCCUCUCUUACUGCUCAGCUCCUUGCUUGCCUAUCCAGUGCUCGGUACGAAAACAACCCUAGAUCCACAUACGCACCGUGAAUUGCUGUUGAAUGGCAGACCUCAAAUCGGAUUAUGGAAGAGUCUGUUGAAAGAGCAGAAAAUCAAGGAUGAGCAGGCUAAGCUGUCAAAAAUUCAAGAUGACAUACAACGACCAUUCUAUACAUCCAGUAAACCAUUAUACAAAGCACACUGUUUCCCACAAAAGAUCAGUCAUUUCGAUGAUACCGUCAAUGGAACGUUCUGUCAAAGAUAUUGGAUAGAUACUAGUUUCUACAAAGAAGGUGGACCAGUGUUCUUGUUGGAUGGUGGUGAGACUAGUGGACAGGAUAGAGUCCCUUUCUUGGAGAAAGGAAUCCUUCAGAUAUUGAGUAAUGCUACGGGUGGUAUUGGUAUAGUUUUAGAACAUAGAUAUUACGGCGAUUCGGUUCCUGUCGAUUCAUUCUCGACUGAUGAUCUUAGAUUUUUGAAUAAUAAAGAAGCACUUGAAGAUUCAGCUCAUUUCAUUGAGAAAUUUAAGCCUCCUUCCUCUAUCCUCGCACAACUAUCUCCAGAUGCCCUUCAUCCCAAUAAUACCGCAUGGAUAUACUACGGAGGUUCAUAUGCAGGUGCGAGGGCUGCGCAUAUGAGGAAAGAGUAUCCUCACUUGGUAUGGGGUGCAAUAGCAAGUAGUGCCGUUACACACUCUCAAAUCAACUUCCCGCAAUAUUACGAUCCCAUCCAGCGAUACGCACCUGAAAAUUGUAUCAACACCUUACAAGCUGCGAUCGAACUUAUUGAUCACCUGUUAGAUCAACCUGAACCCAUCCCUAGAUAUCUCAAAGGACUGUUUGGAUUGGAAGAACUGUUGAGUAAUGAGGAUUUCGCAGAUGUCAUAUCUGGUCCCUUAGGUUAUUGGCAAGCUAAGAACUGGGAUCCGAAAGUCGGAUCAAAUGAGUUUUACAACUUCUGCGAUUCGCUUACUGCCAAAGGUGCAGGCAGUAAAUUGGGUCUGAUAAGGAUACCAGCGUCGAUCAUCAACUAUGGGAAAUAUAUAAAAGAGAAUGUCGUGGCUAGGUGUCCACGAUCCAAGGGGAAACCCGCAACUGAUAUCGAAGAUUGCUUUGGUACUUCCCAGGAUUCCAAGUUCAGAGAAACAGAUUUGGAACAAACGUGGAGAUUGUGGCUUUUCCAAGUCUGCACACAAUGGGGUUACUUUAUGCCGGCGCCUCUCGAAGGUCCCCGGAUAAUUUCGAACAAGCUCACCCUCGAGUACACAUCCAAAACUUGCCGACAAGCCUUCCCUCCAGGCAAGCACUUUACUGUACCUGAAUGGCCAGAUGUGGAAGAGGUCAAUAGGAGAGGUGAUUAUGAGAUUGAAUUUGAUAGAUUAGCAUUUAUAGAUGGUGACAGAGAUCCCUGGAGACCAAUGACACCUCAGAGUGAUUGGGCACCUAGAAGGAAAUCUUCGGUGAAUAGACCUGUACAUUUGAUAUUUGAUGGUGUACAUCAUUAUGAUGAGAACGGACUGGAGGAUCACUCGAAAGAACCUCCAAGGAUCAAAGAUGUCCACGAGCUCGAGAUCAACUUUAUACAGGAAUGGAUCGCUCAGUUCAACGAGCAGAAGGAGAAUAUAAAUUGA